AUGAAGACUUUCUAUGCGCUCUUGCUGGUGGCAGCCCGGGCUUCCUUGGAGGAGGAGGUGGCAUCGCUGAGGGCUGAGAUGAAAGCACAGAAAGAACUGAUCGAGACCCAGCAAGCGAUGAUCAAGGAGCUUCAGCCUCUGGGUCGGCAGCUUCAAACAUGGGUCACUCAAGCACAACUGACUGCCGCAGUGACCGCACUGCAAAACACGGACUACAACCUGGGAGGGGCCUUGGAUUCUGCCUGGUUGUGCUUGUGCGGUGCCCUGGUCAUGUUCAUGCAUGCUGGCUUUGGCAUGCUGGAGACGGGCAGCUGCCGUGCCAAGAAUGCUUCCAACGUGCUGAUGAAGAACUUGGUGAAUGUUUGUGUGGGCACUUUGGGCUGGUGGCUCUUCGGGUGGGCCUUUGCCUAUGGUGCCCAGAAUGGCAAUGGCUUCAUUGGAACGACAGGCUUUGCUGGCUUUGACUUCUACACGCAAGAUCAGACCACUGGUGUCAUCACGCCCUCGAGCUGCACUGCGGAUGGCUGUCAAUCAGUGAUGCUGAUGUGGUUCUUUCAGUGGGCCUUCUGCACGGCAGGCGCGACCAUCGUCAGCGGUGCUGUGGCGGAGCGGGUGAAGAGUCCCACCUAUGCCAUCUUUGCCUUCUUUAUGGCCAGCUUCAUCUACCCAGUGAUCGUGGCAUGGACCUGGGGUGGGGGUUGGAUUGCUACGGUGCUCGAUGUCGGCUACAUGGACUUCGCAGGCAGCGGCGUGGUCCACCUGACUGGAGGAGUGGCAGGCUUGGCUGGAACCGUCGUUCUGGGACCCCGGGCUGGACGCUUCACCAACCCAGAGGAGUUUGAGUGCCACAAUCUUCCCUUGGUGGUCCUUGGCACUUUUGCUUUGUGGUUCGGCUGGUAUGGCUUCAACCCUGGCUCCACUCUUGCAAUGCAUGAUGGAGCCACCGGCGCGAUGGCAGCACAGGUGGCCAUGAACACGACACUUGCUGCGGCCACCGGUGGCAUCACUGUCUUCAUCCUCCGCUUUGCAAUCCAGAAAAAGUACGAUGUGGGUGGUUUGUGCAAUGGUAUCUUGGCAGGGUUGGUCUCCAUCACCGCAGGCUGUGGCAACAUGGAAUGUGGAAGUGCUUUUGCCACUGGAUUGAUUGGAGCAUUCGUGUACCAGGGUGGAUCCAUGCUUCUGCAGAAGCUCAAGAUUGAUGAUCCAGUGGAUGCGGCCCCAGUUCACGGCUUCUGUGGCAUUUGGGGUGUGUUGGCCUGCGGCCUGUUUGAUUGGGGCAAAGGCUUUGAUUACUAUCACGGCUGGAGCGGAUUUGGUUGCAUGCCAGUGUCAACAACUGACUCGUCCUGCAAGCCAGGCUUGGGAGGGAGUGCAAUCGGAGCACAGUUCAUCCUCAUCAUCAUGGUGAUUAUUUGGUCUGGCAGCCUUUCUGCCAUCACGUUCCUCCUCCUGAAGCUCACCGGAACCUUGCGCAUCAGCGAAGAAGUUGAAGCUGUGGGUAUGGACUCUCAUCAUCAUUCCCCGCCCAAGGCCUAUUCCUUGAAUGCGGGAGCCGGAGCCGCCGGAGGCACCGGCUCUGGGUCCGCUCCACUGGGGGUCCUCCCGUCAGCCCCGGCAGGAUCAGCAAGCAAUCCCAAGGAUGCAUGGGGUGCCAAGGCCGAUCCGGCCUGA